AUGAAAUUAUUAACUCAAGGUGAAAUCGAUUCUCAUUUCUAUGCUACUGCUGGUGGUGGUUUAAAAGGUCUUUGUGCUGGGUUAUUAGUUACUGGUGCUAUUUUCAAAAUUGGUGCAAAGAAAAUACCAAAUUUCCCAAAAAAUUUACCAUGGUCUAUUAGAACUGCAAUUUUCAUUUCUCCUCCAACUGUUGGUAUUACAAUUGGUGCUGAAGAAGCUUCAAAUGCUUUUGAUCGUGAUAUGUAUUCAGGUGAUUAUGAAUCUCAAUUAAAAUUAGCUGAAUAUCAAAAAUGGUCAAAUUUACCAUUAAGUGAAAAAUUAUUAUCUGGUGUUGUUAAUAACAAAUAUAAAAUUAUUGUUGGUUCAUGGGCUGCUUCUAUGUAUGGUUCUUGGUUAUAUGUUGAUAGAGAUCCAAUCAUGACUAGAGCUCAAAAAUUAGUUCAAGCAAGAAUGUAUGCACAAUUUCUUUCAGUUAUUUUAUUAUUAGCAGGUAUGGGUCUUACAAUUUAUGAUGAGGAAAAACAUCCAGAAAAUUAUGGUGAACAAAAAAAUGAUGAUUGGAAAAGAAUUUUAGCUGAAGAAGAAAUAAGAGCAAAAGAAGAUAAAAAGGCUGAACCUGGUACUUAUAAACGUGUUAAUAUUUAUAAAACUUCAGAUUCUUCUUCAUCAUCAUCAUAA